AGCGAAACAGCAGUCCGUGCGCUUUGGUUUCUCUCUCGACGCUAAAGAAACACCCCAUGUAUCGGGAAACUUGAUACGUGUUUCUUUUCUGGAGUUCUUCUCUCUUUGCCAUACGCAGACACGCCAGGAAGGAAGCUGUGUGUGUACAGACACUCUAAAGCUUCUGCCCUCAAACAGUUUUUUUUUAUACUUCUGUGCUCACUGUAGAAUUAGGAAACUGUCGAGCCUUGCGAAUCCUUAAUUCACCCCUGUUUCUUGAACAAAGUUCUUAUUUACUUCUCCGGUUCAUUGGUAGAUGAUGACCAUUGCACAACAAGAAAGCAGAAGCUGAUCUCUUUGAGUUCGGAGUUCUUUCGCAUCUUUGUCGUCUGUGGCGGUCGCUCCCUCCGGUCUUUUCUUCGUUGCUCUUCGCCCGUUUAUUGUUUUAUGUGGUACAAAGCCUGCUCAUUGCCGGUGCAACCGUUGCUUUCCAUCCCUCUUUUUUUUUCGAGUACACGCAAAACUCUUCGCCAUGGUGAAAGUGGAAGACAUCCCCGAGUCGGUGCCGGAGAUGGCGACUCUCACGGCAGAGAAAGAAGAGCUGAUCCAGGAAUUUUCCCGCAAGGUGGACGAGCUCUUCAAGGAAAAGACACCGUUCUACAUUGCUCGCGAGAGCACGGCUGAGAAGCGGCGCAUCUUUGGCUACAAGUUUUUGACGGCGCGCCGCUGGAAAGUGAAGAAUGCGCUGGAUAUGGUGGAGAAGACCGUGGCCUUCCGUGCUCAGCACAACAUGGACGACUGGAAGCUGUUCCCGUGUGCGUUUCCGCUGAAGGGUUACGAUGAGGGGGCGCUAUGCGAGAUGCUCAAGACGAUCCCGGGCUGCGACGCCCUCUUUCCUCGCGAGGGGGUGAGUGAGGUGGACCUGUGCUACCGCGCUCUCCAAACAUCCUACGUGAACGUCUACCACUACUGGGACAAGGAGGGCCACCCUGUGCUGUACGACUGCUGCGGUCGCGCCAACGUCGCUCAGCUACUGCACGACCUCGCCCGCAUUACCCCCCCUGGGAAGUCCCUCGGCGAUGUGAUUGUGCCCUACCACACCUACAUGAACGAGGUGCAGUACUACUUGAUCGAGUACGCAGAUCAAGUCUCGAAGCAGGCGGGCAAGCACCCCAUCAUGGGCAUUACGGUGGUGAUGGACAUGGAGGGGCUGAGCUUCAAAGUGGUCCGCCGCAGUUUCAUUCAGAUUGUUCGCGCAAUCUUUGAGGUGGACCAAGCCUACUACCCCGAGGUGCUGCAUCGCCUCUUCAUCCUCAACGCGCCACGCUUUUUCCGUAUGGCCUACGACUUCGUGAAGGGAAGUCUGGACGAAAAUACGCGCCGCAAGCUCGUCAUUAGCUCCGACAAGAGGGAGUCACUCGAGAUACUCAAACGCGUAAUUGACGAGGACAAGAUCCCGCAGGAGCUGGGUGGUAGCUGUCGCUGCGAGAGCGGGUGUCUGCCGCGCUACGUGAAGCCAACAACGACAGAGGCGGCGAGCGAGUCUGGCGCGGGGAGCAGCGUGGCGUCCGACGAGGACGUGCAAAAGGAGGACAUUCACCUCAAGGCAGGCAAGGAGUGGUCACACGCCUACGCGCUGCUGGAAGGCGAAGAAGUGACGUGGCAGUUCACGGUGAGCAAGGAUGCGGAAGUGGACUUCACAGCUGUCUUUGAGCCGAAGACAGCAGGCAACAGCGAAGAGACCGCUUCUGUGGGUAAUAGUGUGAGCUCAAAGAAAGGCUCGUCAACGCAAAAAUUAAAGGGAGGAACCGAAGUCGCGAUAGAAACGCUGAAACAUGAAAAGCUGAGCACGGACGUGGACACGUUCAAGGUCACGCGUACAGGCACGCUGACGUUAACGCUGAGCAACAAACACUCGUGGAUGCACGGUAAACAGAUUGACUUGCGUAUCACUCACACGAAAGCUCUUGAGUAA